AGUCGGUCUGCAACGAAUAAAAAUUUUGUUUACGUGAAUUAUAUUCAUUUAACAAAUAAUAUUUUCCAGUUAGAAUGAUUUGAGCUCCGAUCCGAUAACUUUUAUAAUUUUUUUAUUCAAUCAUUCAAAAUGCCACAAGAUUUAAAAGUUGCAGUUGUUUGCUCUAGUAACCAAAAUAGAAGCAUGGAAGCUCAUGCUUUUUUAAGCAAAAAAGGGUUUAAUGUACGUUCUUUUGGUUCUGGAAAUCAAGUAAAAUUACCCGGACCUGCUCCUGAUAGACCUAAUAUCUAUGAUUUUAGUGUAUCUUAUGAAGAAAUGUAUCAAGAUCUUCUUAAUAAAGACAAAGCCUUAUAUACACAGAAUGGAUUACUACAUAUGUUAGAUCGUAACAGAAGAAUUAAAUCACACCCUGAAAGGUUCCAAUCAUGUUAUGAAGUAUUUGAUGUAAUUUUUACUGUUGAAGAACGUGUUUAUGAUCAAGUUGUUGAAGAAUUAGCUAGCAGAUCUCCAAAAGGUAUCUCUCCUGCACACAUAAUAAAUAUUGAUGUUCAAGAUAAUCAUGAAGAGGCUACAAUUGGAGCAUUUUUAAUAUGUGAAAUGGUAACAAUGAUGGUAGAUUCAGAUGACUUGGAUAAUGAUAUUGAUGAACUAUUGCAAAUAUUUGAAGCCAAAGCUCGAAGACCCAUAUUACAUACCUUGCAAUUUUAUUGAGCUGGUAAAAUUCAUUUUACAUAAAAAUAGCUUCGGAAUUUCAUCCAGGACUUCCAAUGAUGUUUUUGCUGAAGUUCAGACGUAUUUAAUGUGGGGUUUCCAUGCUGUACUUCUUUUUAAAAGAAAAAAUUGUAAAACCUAAGGAAUCAUAUAUGUGUCAUUCCAAUCUUUGGUUAGAGCUUUUUAAAGUCAGUUCAGAAUUUUUCGCGUAAGUUUCAUUGCUCAAGUUAAAACUGCCUUUGAUAGAUUUUUUUUUUAUUGACAUGGUUUUUUUUCCUGUUUAGAUUCAAGUUAUAAGUUGGGACCUAUGUUUAAUUAUUUAUAUUGCUAUUUAUUUCCCUAGACUUCCAAUAAAAUGUAAACAGAAUAUUUAGCAAUAACUAAUCUUGUUACUUUUAAUUUUUAAAAAUAUAACUGUUUGAGUUUAGAAAUCACUAAUAUAUUUGUAACAUUGAAGCAACAUUAGUUGUUCGGUUGAGCCAGGUGAAGCCUUUUUAUAUUUCAUUAAAUGUUAAUUUCAGAAUGAUUAUUGUAAGAGAGGAGAAGGAACCCUUCUAUUUAGCAUGUGAGUUGUGUAAACAAUGUGUGAUGUUGAUCACACACACAGUGGUGAAUUUACCAUGUCACAAAUGUUGCAAUUACGCAGGGCCCCGAAAGGAAUCCAAAACUGCCCAUGAAAAAAUUUUAAUGUUUGACAAAGAAUAUCGUCGAAAAGUUCGACUCUAAAUAUGCAUUAGCACAGGCCCCAAAUAUGUAAAUUUGUCACUGAUGCCGAUAUUUUUAUUCGUUUUUUUUUAAUGAUUCUUUAUCAGUUGUGUAUCUAUUGAUAAUUUAGAUUGGUUUGUUAUUUUCAGUGUUAUUUAUUUUAUGUGUAAAUAAUUUAGUAGUACCUACUUAAAACUAGUAAUUCUUUGAAAAUCUAUUUUAUAUCAUGGUUUUUCUCUUUCAUCAGCAAACUUUUCUGCUGAUACUUUUAAAAUUUAACGACCUUUUUUUUAAACGGUGCAUUCACACUAAUAAAUCCCAAAUAAAAAGAUUACAUAAUAAAAUAAAUGGUUGAGUGGUAAAUUAAAUGACUUGAAUCGUUUGGGUAGCUCUUUCUUCAUUCUUGAUCACGUGCAUUGAACUGGAUUGGCUAUGACGCUGCUAUCCAAUUUAUCAAUCCAACUCCUUCUUGUCUUUGCGAAUUUCUGGUUGUAAAUCUGCCAUGUGCAUGUUGUUUUGCCCUUUGGACAGCCUUGGGAAAACUAUUAUUGACAACUGAAGCAUAUUUUAGGAAAUUGCUUCUUGUUUUGCAAAACAUCAAGACUAUGAAUUAAAUGAAUGAAUUACCAACGUAUUAAUGCACAAAAAUUGUUAAUUACUGCAGACACUUGUUUUAGGGUUACAAGGAAUCCCUUUUUCAAUGCAAAGGUGUGAGCUUUUGGGUGAAAAGUCAUACAUGGAAAGGACUUUUCAUCCAUAAGCUAAGACUUCUUUGCAUUUUAAAAGGGGUUCCUUGUAACCCUGAAACACUUGUCUGUAGUAAUUUGCAAUUUUUGUGCAUUAAAACGUUGGUAAUUCAUUCAUUCAAUUUUCAAGCACAAAGGUAUUUUUUCGUUAUCAAGAGUAAGAUUAAAUUAGACCCAUGUUUUCUGCGCAAAUAUUUCAAGGAAUCAAAAUAUCUAGAUUUCACUGCUUAAUAAAAGAGCUAUGUUAAGAAUUAAAAUCGUGAAUAUAAUAUUUAAAUAAGGAAGUAUGUUUUUCUUUAUUUUUAAGUUGCAAUUUUUUCUAAAACUUCUUCUAAAUUAAUUUUUUCUUAGAAUUACUUCUUACCUAGUUUACAAGUUAGUCUAGGUUCAUAAUUGGAUUACUUGUAUUCAAUUGUUUGUCACAAAUAAUGGUGCUGGACAUUUUUCUAGUGUAAAUGAAAGUGUGCUGUUCAGUUUUUAUUUAAAAUUGCUAUCUUUACUGAAGAUACUUUGUAAAUGUCUUGCUGGCAAAUCUUCCUUUGUAUAUUUUCAAGAAUAGAUUUAAAUGAAAAUUCUAUGUCUCAAAGGCAGGCAGAAGGCACUGAAGCUUCUGUUGGAAGUUUUAAAGUUUUGUAAAACCAAGAUUGGUAUUCAACCAUUUCAUUAAAAAAAAUUCAUGUUGAAUGUUGUGCAGUGUAGGAACAACACAACAUUGGGACAACCACCAGACUUUAAAAAAAAAAAAAAAUCCAUGUUUAGGUUCCUGGUUACUUUUUUUGUGGGGGGGGGGGUCAUUUUUUAGUUUUGUGUAACUCAUUUCAAAUAACAACUAGUUAUAAACGCCGACUUUCCAAAAAACCCAAGGGAUGUACUGCAGUGCAUUGCCAUUUUGAAGGAAAGUCAAUAGGAUUGAGGAAAGUGAAACAUGCUCAGUCAAUAUUGAUGUGUCUGUUUCAUAUUUUGUAACAUUCUUUUAUUGAAAUUUUCCCUACAAUCCCCUCAAAAUAUUGACACUUAUGCAACUUAAGAAAUCAAAGAAAAGUUGGUGAAUCUUUUUUACAACAUUUUAUAACAAUAUUCAUCUAUAAAAAUAUCCAUUGAGUUUGUUUUGUAGACAAGCUCAUUCAAUAAAGCAACUGAAUGAUUAUGUUAGAAAAGGGUUAAAUUUCUCAAACAAAUCCCAUAUGUUUUAAAAUAUGCUUGUAACACACACAGUUCACAGCUGAUACUAGGUUCAAAAAAUUACUUUUUCUUUGAACAACUUUUAAUUAGAGAGGCACCGGAUAUUCAGUUGGUAUUCGAUAUACUGCAUAUUCGACAGGAAAACCGAAUAUUCCGUUCAACUGAAUGCUUCCAUACUUACCAACCGAAUUGUAAAAAAAAUUAAAUGUUUGUUAAUUUUGUUACAUUCAAAGUAUUUUUGAUGUAAGGAGGAACACUUGAGUGUUUAAUUUAAAUUUUGUUGCUUUUCAAUUUUUGUUGAAUCUUAUGACACAUUACAUUAUCCUUUCUAUUACAAACUCAUUCAAAUAUGACACAAUUACCAGACGGGAAAAACUCAUUUUAUUAAAAGAAGUAACAAACGUAUGAAGUCAAUUUACUACUACUUUGUAUCAACUGCUAUUUUUUUACAUAAAUAUGUUGCUAAAUAAGGGAAACACCUUUAUAUUAAAUUUUGCAGCACUUUAAUUUUUAAAGUUUUACACCGUAUGAAAUAUUAAAUAUUGUUUAAAACAACCUAACUAAAAUUAAUAAUUGUAAUCAGUUUAAUAAUCCUUCACUUUUAAAGAGAUAAAAUAAAAAUACCUGGUAAUGUUUGAAUUUCAUUCCUCAAUUUUAAUGAUGACACAAUUAUUUAUCACGUACUUGAAGAAAACACUUGAAUAAAUUGUAAUUUGAAAUGAUAUGAUUUAUGUAUGAGAUAACAUGUUUCCAUGAUCAUCAUUUUCCAAAUCAUAUCAGAAAAGCAAUUAAUUAUCCAUUUAUACAGAAUUGCAGAUAAACACAAGCCAAAUUAGUCGUUAGCUAUAUUAAUUCGUUUUUGCUUUUGGAAUGAAUUAUUUAAAAUUAAUAAUUAUACUUAAUGUGUGUAGACAAUUUGCAAUGUUAAAUAGAAACGCAUUUACAUUUCAAAAGUAGUCUUUUAUUUUCUAUCUUAAAUUGGCAUUCAAUUGAAACACUACAGUAAAAAAAUUUUCAACAACUAUUUGGUAUUUGAUAAAAAUAUGGUAAUUGGUGCAUCGCUGCUUCCAAUUUUUUUCUUUACAGGAGAAAGCGAGUCUUCUGUGGGUCAAAUAAUAGGGGGCAGCUUUUGAUUUAAUGUACCUGUACCUAAAGCGCCCUCUUCGGGGGGUGCUUGAAUUGUAAUAACAGCUUGACAGAGUACCAAGUUACAUUCAUUCUAGUAAAGGAUUAAUGUUCAGAAAGACAAAUAGAUUUAUCUUGCUGUUUCUGCUUUGCCCUGUUCACUUGUUUUUCUUUUACUUUAUACUGCCAACCGGCUUGUAACAUUUUUACUGUAAAGAGACCUUCAUGGCAUACUGUUGAUUAAACUUUCCAACUUCGUUUUCUUUGCACGCAAAUCCUUUGCAUUAAUUAUGUUGUCAGGUUUGUUUUGCCAGUCCAACACAAAGGGGUAAGGUAGGAAAAUAAUCUAUAGAAAUUCAACUUACUGAGUCAUGUAAUGAAUUGUUUAGAAUAAAGCAUGGAUACAAGUAACAACAACAACAAAAAAAAAUUAAUGCUGUUCCACAAUUUUUUUUCAUGCUGUUUUAAAGCCUCAAAAAGGGAAAUGUAAUUCCUUUAUUAAAUAAGAGUUGACAAAACUAGAAGACUCAUAACAAGUGUCAUCAUCAUAUGUUACUAACGAUUUCUGCUGUGUGGAAUAUUUUUGUAUCUUUUGCAGAAGAUCUGUACCUUUAAAAAUGAUAAUAAAACAUCUUGUG